AUGGUGACACACACUGUUUACCACCAAAAUAUCAGCGACAGCGUACGGGUGGAGCUCGUGUACGAGAAUUCCCCCGUAAUUGCAGGAACUGAUGAGCUUUCGCUGGUCCUGCGGUUUCGGUACAUCGGGCCGUUGAACAAUAACGCUGUCGCGAAGAGCCCGAAACAACCAGAGCAUGACCCCCCUGCGCAAAACGACGGCUGGUUUGGUAGCCGUCUUUCUUCUCAAUUUUCCAAUGCCACACGGGCACUAUUUUUACAGCAAUUGGAUACCAUGCCAGAGGAGGAGAACGAUGUUUUGCAAGAUAUUUCUAUUUAUUUGGGCUAUGUGCAACUUUUCGGCUACUACUCGAUAAACGACCGGAUUGUCGAUGCGUCAAUAUUUGAAGAGCUCCAGAAAUCGGCUACAUUCGAGGGCCGCCUUGCCGGGAUUAAUGGACUUGAAAUCACCUUUGAUCAGCACAGAAAGGGUCUGUUGACCGGCCUGACCACAUUAUUUCAGUCAGACAUGAACGACGAGCAUACCCAUAUCAUACCGCAUUACUCGACGACACAGUCCAUUUUGUUUAGCGAUCUGACGUUCAAGCCCACCCAACUGAAUAACAACUCAACCUCUAACAAACUAACGCGAAGCUUUUACGUGAAUAUGAAGCUGCCCAUGGAUCUCGCUCCAUCGUUCCGGUCGGAAGCUGUCCAGAUCCACUACAACGUCAUUCUGGGCUACCAGCUGAAGGAGAAAAACGGGACGUUCUCCAAUAAAACCAUGUUUUUUCCGCUCAAAAUACAGCCAUACAUCGACAGGUUCGGAAGACAGCCGCUGUUUCAUCUGGAAAGACCGCGGAUGAACCAGCAGCCGAGUGUUCUGAAAAAUGUUGACCUGAACACUUCAGGAUCCUCUGAAACGCCCGCACAGCCCAGACACGUGCGGAAGUACUCAGAGCCGGACAUAAAUGGAAAAAUCAUUCGGAGAUCGUCCAAUGCGUCGCUUCCGAACAACUUAUCGAAGAAACCCUCGACGAUAAAUAUGGAGCUUCUUCGGCGUAGUCUGGGCACUACAGACUCAACGAGAAGAUCGUCGUCAGAAGACCUACCAGCAACCUUUGAUCUCAGUAAAGACCUUGAGACCAAGCAGUUUCUUGCGCUCUUGAACGAGCUGAAUGACAGCGACGUGAUGGAUGCGAUCAAAUUGCAGGAAAAGUUUGAAAAACAGUAUCAUCACGGACACGAUGCGGAGUCGAAUCCUCGCCAAAACCUGUUCAACAUUAUCCAGGACUACCACAGCGUUCAGAAACAGGAGUUCUACUCUGCUGACGACGUAGCCGACAUGGAGGGCCAGAUUCCUGUCCAUCAGCAAACAAAGUACAUUGUCAAGCAGGACCAUUUGCAGCUUGCAAACCUGAGUCUGAGCAAGAACAUUGUGAGAGUUGGAGAUCACAUCACCAUUAGCAUGUCAUUUGUGGAUGCCCAGCUUGAGACCAAAGGCGUUGAAGUGCGAUUGAUAAAGGACCAGGUCAUCUACAGAGACGAGUACCUGAAGCGCUACGAGUACAAUGAAGUAUAUAAAGGCAUCAAACACGGGAACAGCAUGGAGACCACCGUUUUCCACAAGCCGGUGAGCACGUUCGACACCGAGCAACUCAACGUGAAUGUCCAAGUGCCUGCGACUGUGGAGCCGCAGUUCAAGACGAAUUUCUUCCAGCUGAAAUAUUUAUUGCAGAUAAAGUUUGUUCUGGUAGAUGCUUACCAGCUUACACGGUCGCCAGAGGAGAGCACGCAAAAAGGACGACAAGUGUUUGAUCUGGCUUCGAUCUUCACCGAUAACAAGGGCUCUGUGCUGUACAAGGCGGUAGAAGGCAUUAGCAACGGGCUGGAGUUCACGGUGCGCCUGCCGAUUGUUGUGCUUCCAAGCUACGAAAACGAUAUAGCACCCUGA